AGGGCUGCGGGCUGGUCGAGUACUCGUCGCCCCGAGAGGCGCGCGCGGCCGUGAAGGAGCUGACCGGCACGGAGAUGUCAGGUCGUCCCAUCUUCGUUCGAGAAGACAGGGAAGCUGGACAUUCCGUGAAGGUGCGCGGCGGUGGUCCCGCAAGCGGUGGCCGCUCCUACGCAGAGGGCCACAGGACAGCCGGUGGCGCCGGGAGUUCUGUCUACGUGGGGAACUUGGCCUACAGCGUGACCUGGCAGAUGUUGAAGGACCACAUGAUGGCGACAGGCGAGGUGGUCUACUGCGACAUCAUGGCCGCCCCUGGCACCACGAUGGGGUCAGCCGGGUGGGGCCUCGUGCAGUACGCCACGCCCAGCGGGGCCCGCCGGGCGAUCAGGCAGCUCACCGACACGGUCCUGAACGGGCGGCCCAUUUUCGUGAGAGAGGACCGAGAGGGUGAGCUCAGCGAAGGCGGCAAAGGUCUUGGCUGCGGCGGCAAGGGCGGAAGAGGCUCUGUCGGCGGAGCUGAAGAUCCGGCCGAGCGCCGCGUUUUCGUCGGCAACCUCGCCUUCCGCGUGACGUGG